GGGACGUUUCCAGCUAACAUGAUGGAGGUGACAGGAACCUGGACCGAGGUCUUCGAGGACUCGGAGGUGAAGGACUCGUCCUGCAGAGGAGACGACCUGCUGAGCAGCUCCUCUCUGACUCUGGCUCCUCUGGUUCCUCCCGACCUGCCGUCCAUCCGCCGCUCGCAGUCCGUCCUGAUCCCCUCCAACAGGAUGAGACGUGCUGACCCGUUCUCCUUCUCGGUCCCCUCUAUACCCAACCCGUUCCCAGAACUGUGCAGCCCGUCCAAGUCCUCGGCUCAGAUCGGCUCGCUUCCACCAGAGUCCAGCGACAAAUUUAUGAUCCGAGUCUACGGCGAGGACGUUCGCUCCAGGUCRUUGUGGAUCUCUCGCCAAGCUACGGCCAGAGAGGUGUGCCACCUGCUGGUUCAGACGGCCCACUGCRUGGACCAGGAGAACUGGGCCCUCCUGGAGCAUCACCCCACCCUGGCUCUGGAGAGGUGUCUGGAGGACCACGAAGUCGUGCUGGGGGUUCAGGGCUCCUGGUCCCUCAAAAACAACCUGAGAUUUGUUUUCUGCAAAAACUACGCCAAGUACGAGUUCUUCAGGAACCCAGCGCUUUUCUUCCCGGAGUCGAUGAUCUCGGACAGUGCCGACGUCAGCAAAGAGAUGAGGUCCUCAGAACUGAUUCAGAACCUGCUGAGGUCCGGGACGUGUCCUGAGAUCCAGGGCUUUCUCCACGUUAAAGAAUCCGCUCGAAAAACCUGGAAAAAAGUUUAUUUCUUCCUGCGACGCUCCGGACUCUACAGCUCCACCAAAGGCUCGUCCAAGGAGCCGCGACACCUGCAGCUCGUGGCAGAUCUGGAGGACCUGAACGUUUACUCGGUGGUGAACGGACGGAAACUGUACGGAGCUCCUGCAGACUUCUCCUUCUGCAUCAAGCCUUCCAGGAGUCCAAUCAGGGUUCUGGACCUGAAGAUCCUGUGUGCUGAGAGUGAACAGAUUCGAACAUGUUGGAUGUCUGCCUUCAGAUUGUUUAAGUACGGGAAGCAGCUGCAGUGGAACUACCAGCGGUCCCAGUUGGCCCCGCGGAGCCUGGAGGUCUCAGACGUCUCAGAAAGAUUGGCCAAGUCCGAGGACAUGCUGGUCGCCAUGGACUUUUCAGGAAAAGCUGGAGGUCGAGUCAUCCAGAACCCGACGGAGGCUCAGAGCGCAGAGGUGGAGGAGGGCCAGUCCUGGAGGAGGAGAGAAGCCCUGAGGUGCAGCCUGCCUAACGUGAACUCUGCUGCCAGGCCUUCCUCCGUCCACAGCAGCCAGCCCUGGUUUCAUGGCGGCACAUCCAGAAAAGAAGCGGAGCGGCUGAUUGAGAAGCAGGGGCUGGUGGAUGGCAUGUUCCUGAUCAGGGACAGCCAGCAGCACGAGCAGUGCUUCGUCCUGACUCUGUGCUUCCAGCUGAGGAGUAAACAUUACCUCGUCAUCCCGUGCGAGAAAGGAGGCAGGAAGUAUUUCACCAUCGACGACGGGGCGACGCUGUUCAUCGACCUGCUGCAGCUGGUGGACUUUCACCGGAUCAAUAAGGGCAUCCUGCCCGUGUGCCUGAAACACCCGUGUGUCUGCGUGGCUCUGUGAGCGCCGCCGCCAUCAGCAGCAGCCUCAUCAUCGCACACUGAUGAAGCCGUCAGAGGAGGAGAUGAAGCAUGUCGGCCGUCCCGCCUUCGUUUAGCUGUUUUUAAUUAUUUUCCACAACACGCGCCGCUUCCUGACGCCGGUUGGGUUUUCAUCCUUUAAUUAACGAGCAGCCGUCCCCUCAGAGAYGGGUUGAUUAGUCGUGUUGGACAGACGUUUUGAGCCGAGGGGUACGUUCGGAGACGGAGGACUGAGAACUUCAUUUGACUGAUUCAGCAGCAGGGAUCAGUGAAGGAACKUGUCCACCAGGGGGCGCUCUAAGUCUGACCAAUGAAGGAAAAAAGCUGCAGAGUCUCUGUUUAUUUAAUUUAAAUAGAAUCAGCUUUAAUUUAUCCAACAAGAAGAAGUGUUUUGUUUCUCUGUUUGCCCAGAUUCUGGGGAACUCCAACAGGUUUACAUCGAAGAUAAAAAUAUUAGUUUUAUCUGUGUGGAAGUUUAAACUUGUUUACCUCUAAAUGGCUCAUGAAGAAUGUCAAACAGUCUCCUCGUUUACUGCAGAGUUUUUAGAAAAUAAAAAUAUYUAUAUUUAAUUAAUGAUUUAAGUUCUUGUACGUAAUGUGUUUGCAGAUAAAAGUAUUGAAGGAGUUUGAUUUUAAUACUCAGGGUUAAAAUGAAUCAGAUGUUUCAUAAAAUACGAUAAAAUAUAUUUUUAAUUUCUUGUAUGACAUGAAUUCUGUAAAAGAAAUGUAAAUAAAGACUGUAAUUAUU